AUGGAAAGUAGCAGUAGCCAUAGGUCUCUGCUGCAUGCGAGCAACGGAACGUCGUUUUCGGCAUGGAUCGUUUUAUUCUUUGCCGUAUUAUUGAACAUGUCUAUCAAUUUGAGAUGGUCCACUUUCAGUCCUGUUGCUUCUGUGGCGGCUGACUAUAUGCAAGUCAAUCUCUCUGCCAUUACUUGGCUGUCCAAUUGCGCUACUUUGAUUUAUAUUGCCAUUGGUUUUUGUACAGGUUGGAUAUUUGAAAAAUACGGUAUCAAAACCAGUUUUAUUUUAGCUGCUGUAACAAAUAUUGCAGGGUCUUGGAUCAGAUAUUUCGGUACAUUUGCGCCUGUGCACCAAAGAUAUGGUAUCAUCAUGUUUGGACAGUGUCUAGCAUCCGUAGCAGAGCCUUUUAUUAUGAACAUUGGUACACACGUAACCGUAAGUACUGUAAAGCCCUUUUUCGUUCUUUUGAUCGUAGCUUGUAUCUCUACAGCUUGUGGUAUUCCGUUCCUUUUCCUUCCUGCUGGUCCAAAGGUGCCACCUUCCGAAAGUGCCAAAGUCCAGCGUCUCACUUUCCGAAAGAGUCUGAAGCUCUUACUCUCUAAUCGCAAUUACAUCCUUUUGGUGUUUGUCUUCAGUAUCGGUUUCUGUAUGUACGCCUCCAUCAUGGCUAUUACCAAUUACAUUUUCACACCGUAUGGCUACAGUAACAAGGAUGUCGGUUUGGCCAGUUUUGUACGUAUCAUGAGUGGUGUCGGUGACCUCGUCAAUACAUAUGCUUUCAUGUUUGUCUCUUGUUUCCUCCAUGGCUUCUUUGUCUUUUUAAUUUUUCCCGUGUCCUUGGAACUGGCUGCUGAAGUCACUUUUCCAGUACCUGAAGCCGUCAGUGCCUCCAUCCUUUGUUUAUUCUGCCAAAUUGGCUCUUUUGUGACCACCUACGUUUUGGACGCAUUAAGGGAUACCAGUCCUACCGCCCAUCCACCAGGUAAUAUGAAACAUGCUUUAAUUUAUGCCCUUGUUUUGUCUGUCUGCGGUGCCAUCCCGUCGGUCUUCCUGAAGCGAGAUUUGAGGCGUCUUCACCAUGACAGAGAAGGUUAUCCUGCGGAACAGCAACCAUCGUCUCAAGAAGAGGCAAUAGAAAGAAACAAUGAUCUCCUCCAUGAGCAUCAGCAGCAGCAAAACAUAGCAUCAUCGCCGUCAGAAAAUUUGCAUGAUAUUCUUACGACCGCUAAGUCGUGA